AUGUUCCGCAUUGGCCCAGCCACCGCUGCUGUGAUCACGGACCGAAGUCUAGUCAAGGAACUGCUCGAUAGGCGCAGCGCUCUGUACAGCUCACGGCCAAUCUCCUAUGUCGGGCAGAGUCUUAUAACAGGCGGCGAUCACCUCCUCGUCAUGGAAAACAACGAAACUUGGCGGCUAUUCCGCAAAACAGUGCACCAGCACUUCAAGGCGAACAUGUGCGAGAAAGAGCAUGUCAAGCUACUCGAAGCCGAGCACACACAGAUGAUGCGUGACUUCCUGCUGUAUCCAGAGAAGCACAUGCUACAUACGAAACGAACGACCAACAGUAUAAUCAUGAGUCUACUGUAUGGGAUUCGUACCCCGUCAUGGGAUACACCACAUAUGCAGGACCUCUAUGAUAUCAUGGAGAAAUGGUCCAAGAUCAUGGAGACGGGCGCCACGCCCCCCAUCGAUAUCUUCCCGUGGCUGAAAUGGAUCCCACAGAAGUGGCUGGGAAAUUGGAUCGAUCGCUCGGUCGACGUGGGCAGCGGUAUGAAAGCUUUGUACGGAUCCUUCCGCCGACGGGCGAUAAAAGCGCGACGAAAGGCCGAGCAGGGCUCACAAGUCCGAGCUCGCACUUUCAUUGACCACGUACUAGACCUACAGGAGAAGAAAAAUCUCACUGACAAUCAAGUCGACUUCCUUGGUGGCGUGAUGAUGGAGGGUGGAUCUGACACCGGGUCCACGAUGCUCCUCGUGAUGAUCCAGGCGCUGGUGCAGCAUCCGGAAGUCCAAGAACGGGCGCGCGUCGAGAUCGACGCUGUCUGUGGUGAAGACCGAUCCCCUACAUGGGCGGAUUUCAGCCGUCUGCCGUAUAUCAACAUGAUUGUCAAAGAGACGAUGCGCUGGCGGCCAGUGGCGCCAUUGUCAUUCCCGCAUGCACUCACUCAAGAUGAUUGGGUCAAUGGAUAUCUGCUACCAAAGGGGACGACGGUGUUUCUAAACGUGUGGGGCCUCCACCAUGACGAUCGCGUAUUCCCCAAUCCCGACCAGUUCGAUCCCAGUCGUUACGAGGGGCGAAAUAAGCUUGCCUCGGACUACGCCGUCUCGCCGGAUUGUAUGCAGCGGGACCACUUUAUCUAUGGAGCUGGACGUAGGCUCUGCCCGGGGAUCCAUCUGUCAGAACGCAGCAUGUUCCUCGGGGCUGCGAAGCUCCUCUGGGCAUUCCAAUUCGAGCCCGAACUCGAUGAAUCAGGAAAGCCGGUCGCGAUCGACACCGACCCGAUAACGGGAUACACCGAGGGAUUUCUUGUGUGUCCAAAGGCGUUCAAGUGCCGAGUUUCUCCUCGCUCUGCUGUGAGGGCCGAGACGAUUCUCCGUGAGUUUGCGCGAGCUGAGUCCGAGAUAUUUUGCCAGUAUGCGACGCCCUAA